AUGAGAAAUAUCAUACACAACCUGAUUGCUCUUUACCUUCAAAACAAUUCUAUAGUUUUGCAAACAUACAUAAAACAGUUUCUCAAAAAACCUUUCUUUCAUAACACAAAACUUGUACUAUUAGGAGAUUGCAAUAGUACGACAAUCGUGGCUUAUAGGGCCAUGAUUCGGGCAGUCACAUCUCACGCCAAUAUUCCUCAAGCAGAUAUUGUGAAUAACUAUAUCAUAAAUAAAAAUGGUAAGAUGAAAAAAGAAAAGCAAGAAUUUUUUGAUGAAAAGGGAUCUGUGGCAAAUCAAGUCACAGAUUACAAAAUACCUAUAAUAGUAUUUAUUUGUUCAAGCCUGAACUCAUCGCAAGUGAUAAAUAACGACGAAGACAAUAUUGCAAAUAGUGGUAGUACAAGGCCUAAAAUAGAGAAAACCAACUUCGAAAUCGACUUUAGUUCUAGCAUCCCUAAUCCUUUAUUUAUCACUAGCGAAUUGAUCCCAGUAAAUGGAUUCUAUAAUGUUAACUGGGCCAUUUUUGCCGAAACCAUAGGCAUUGGGAUUGACUUUUGGUGUGCCGUUAAUUCGAAUGAUCAGGACCUGAACAAUUCCAAUGAUAUUCCAAUAAAUAUGCGAAUGGUAUACCGGGUUUUAUAUACGGAUCUCGUCGGAGUGAUACAGCAAUCUUAUGCUGUUGAUAAUGAUGGGACCGUGGAGCAGAAUGACGAAGACAACAAAGCUAUACCAAAAGGAAUGGAAGAGAAAGAGAAAGAGACCGAUAAUGAUAAUGAUAAUGAUAACGGCAAACGUAACAUUGAGCAACUCAACUUUGAGAACGAAGCACUUUUUCCAGGUCUCAUCACACCAUGUGCAACCUCAAGUUUAUUGCCCUCCAUAAUACAAAGGCAGCAUCGAUAUCAAAUAGCAGCAAACGAUAGGGACCUGAGCAACUAG